AUGAAGAGAGUGACCCGAGGCCUUCUCACACUGGCCGGCCUGCCUGCCUUGGAAGCCAAUGACCUGGUUGAUAAAGACAGUCCCCUGUACUACGACUGGGAAAGCCUGCAGCUGGACGGGAUGAUUUUCAGAGGGCUCCUGUGCAUCGCUGGAAUCUUGAUAGCCUUGAGUGGAAAAUGCAAAUGCAGGUCCAAUCAACACAGCCCCGUACCUGAGAAGGCCAUUCUGCUCAUAACUCCAGGCUCUGCCGGUACCUGCUGA